AGAAAACAUAGAUCUUCAGUAAAAAUCUUAUACUAUGAGUAAAGCUCGAACAAAAAACGAUUGAUUUUCUGAGGCAAUUGUUAUUAGAGAAAAGACGUUUUAAGCACCGGGUUUUCAGACUUAUUUAUAUAUUGUAUUCAUCUUUUUUGAGUAUAAAUUAUGCUAAAAAGAAACAUUUUGCCUAAAAUGAGCACUGCGUUAACGUAAUUAAACACACUUAUGUGUUUUCUAAUAAAUGAUUUCAUCGGAAAAGCGGCAGCCAAUAUAUAAUAAUAACUUUCUCUAAUUGAGUGGCAGUUAUGAACAUAAAUCUUUGUUUUUUUAGACGCUUUUUCAUUUUUUCAAACGAUAUUCAGUAACGGUCAAUAUCUUCUGCAGUUCUGCUAGAAAAUCAUCAAUGUUUGAAUGUCUUUAUUAAUCCUUCUGUAAAUAGGAAAAAAGAAUCAUAGUUUAAGAUUUUUACUGAAGAUCUAUGUUUUCUUAUUUUGAUUUAUAUUUAGAAUGGAUUCUGAUAGUGGUGAUCAGUCGUCUGUGAUAAUACCUGACGUUUGUCUUGUUAAUAACACUACCAGUGGCAAUCAUCAUCGUUAUCAAACACAAUAUUCACGUGAAAGUCAGCCCUUAUUACCACGUAUGGACUCGAUGGAUUCAAAUCAUAUUCCAUGGAAUAGUAUUAUCGAUGAUCCAGAGUAUGCUGAUAUUAUAUUUCAGGCUGAACGUGCCAUUGAGAGUGGUAUAUUACCAUUGAGAAUUGCACAAGGCUCAAGUGGCAGUUAUUUUGUGAAAAAUUUAGAAGGCAAAAUCAUUGGAGUUUUUAAACCAAAAGAUGAAGAACCAUAUGGAAGACAUAAUCCGAAAUGGUCGAAAUGGUUACAAAAGACAUGUUGUCCAUGUUGUUUUGGACGUUCAUGUUUGGUACCAAAUCAAGGUUAUCUAUCGGAAGCUGGUGCUAGUAUAAUUGAUAAAAAAUUAAAAUUAAACAUAGUGCCAAGAACAAAAGUUGUUCGAUUAGCUGCUGAUUCAUUCAAUUAUCCGGCUUAUAAACGAAAAUGGAUGACAGCUAAACGUGAAAUAAAUGAACGUGUUUCAGCACAAUUUCAUGGAAAAAGAGUUUUUCAGCCAAGAGGAUUACCAACAAAGAUCGGUUCAUUUCAAUUAUUUGUCGAAGGUUAUUCUGAUUCUGAUGUUUUAUUGAAACAAAUAGAUCAUGAACCACUUCCACCAGAUGUUUCAGAACAAUUUCAAUAUCAAUUUGAACGGCUAGUGGUAUUAGAUUAUAUUAUUAGAAAUACAGGUACAAAAUGA